AUGGAAGAAUUCAGCAGAGAAGAAGCAAAUGAAAAUAAAGAGAAGUACGAUCGAACGUGCAAGCUAGAGGCUUUCGAUGAAUCAAAGGCGGGUUCAAGGGCUUUGUCAAUGAGGUAUUACACAAGUUCCUCGUGUUUUUGUAGAUCGCCCGCAAAACCUGCUAAGUGUGCACUGGCAUCGGCCGACAGCCACUUACGCAUUCCUAUAACUGACCUUGAAGAGAUUGCGAAAGAUCCAUCGCAGUGCAAGGAGGUUGUAAAUGAAGUUCGAAGUGCAUCCAGGACUCGGGGCUUAUUUCCUGUGAUGAAUCAUGGAUCCCCGCCGCUGCUCUGGAGGAGAUGCUGGAUGGAGUGCGCCGUUUCCAUGAGCAAGGCGCUGGCGAGAAGAGACCUUUCUAUCCGCAAGAUUUCACAAGAAGCGUUGCGUCCUUAUUACAGCAGUUCUAAUCAGUAUAGGACAUAG